AGAGGAGAGGGAAAUGGAGAGGAGAUGGGAGUCUUCGUCUUCGUCUUCUUGUUCGUAGCGGCAGCGGGGGGGAUUGAAGGGAGGUGUGACUGGUCUUCGGUCAUCACCAACCACUUUUCGUAGCUCCAUUAAUAUACUCUCUCUCUCUCUCUCUCUAUAGAUCGAUCGAGAUUGGAAAUCCCAAUCCAUAGCACCAACACCGUCUUCCUUCAUCUUUCCACUUCAGCUCAAAACCCCCACUGAUUCCGACCAGCGAACAGUCAAUCGCGGACAUCGCCGUCGUCGUCGCCGUCUCCACCCAUGAAGAAGGCGGGCUUGAACAACCUCAAGCUCGAGCUCUCCCUCCCUCCUCCCGAUGACGACUCCUUCGCCAAGUUCCUGACUCAGAGCGGUACGUUCAUGGAUGGCGAUCUGCUCGUCAACAGGGACGGAGUUCGGGUUGUGUCGCAGAGCGAAGUCGAAGCGCCACCCCUUAUCAAGCCAACAGAUAACCAGUUGAGUUUAGCGGACAUAGACACAAUUAAAGUUAUUGGAAAGGGGAAUGGCGGAAUAGUCCAGUUGGUCCAACACAAAUGGACUGGGCAGUUUUUCGCAUUGAAGGUCAUCCAAAUGAAUAUUGAGGAGUCUGCAAGAAAGCAGAUAGCACAGGAACUCAAAAUUAAUCAAUCUUCGCAGUGUCCAUACGUUGUGGUCUGCUACCAAUCUUUCUAUGAUAAUGGUGCCAUUUCUAUUAUAUUAGAGUACAUGGAUGGGGGGUCGCUGGCAGAUUUUCUGAGAAAAGUUAAAACUAUUCCAGAGCCAUACCUUGCGGUCAUUUGUAAGCAGGUGCUCAAGGGUUUGUUGUAUCUGCAUCAUGAGAAGCACAUUAUACACCGAGAUCUGAAGCCUUCCAAUCUGUUGAUAAAUCAUAGAGGAGAAGUCAAGAUUACUGAUUUUGGUGUGAGUGCUAUAAUGGAUAGCACAUCUGGACAAGCUAAUACCUUUGUCGGCACAUACAACUAUAUGUCUCCUGAGAGAAUCAUUGGAAACAAAUAUGGAUACAAAAGUGAUAUUUGGAGCCUGGGCUUAGUAUUGCUAGAAUGUGCAACGGGGAAGUUCCCGUAUACACCACCUGAUCAACAAGAAGGAUGGACCAAUUUCUACGAGCUCAUGGAAACCAUUGUCGAUCACCCACCGCCUUCGGCAGCUCCUGAUCAAUUCUCUAGCGAGUUCUGCUCAUUUAUCUCUGCUUGUGUACAGCAUGACCCAAAGAGUAGAUUGUCUGCAAAUGAACUUAUGGGUCAUCCUUUCAUCAGCAUGUAUGAGGACUUGAAUGUUGAUCUUGCUUCCUACUUCACUAAUGCAGGCUCCCCACUUGCAACCUUUUGAAACUUCGCUGUAAAACUGAUGAUCAUUCUCCUUGAAGUAGUGGUUCCAGCAACUGGAGAUCUUUGGUACCUGAGAACUGAGAGGGCAGUUUCAAGACAAAUACCUGCUCAGGAUUAUUAUUUAUUAUGAAAGUGGAUAACUUUUGGAGCUGGUAGCUAUCUGCCCUGAGUCGAGUCAAGUGUUUGGCAGUUCAAGAAGAUUUCCAGGGCGUGAUUACUUUGAGCGUCGCAGGACAGCUGAUGUAAAUUCGAAUUUUCUUUCUUAUUCUAAGGUAGAUUAUUGGUGCUAAGCUGGAAUUUGAUGUGCGAGAGAUCCCGAUCAGUGCAUAUGUCAGUUGCUCAUCUUGCUAGAGUUUUGCAAAGACCCAUCGUGACUGGAACUAUGAGAUGGCUCUUUAAAGCCGGAAAUGGAGAAACUUGCGAUAUUAAUAGCGAUAA